GGCUUUCCUCUGCAGUGAAAAAAGUUUUAAUUUCCAGACCAGAAUCAUGUCCGACGGAAACCCAAAGCCUUCCGGCCUGGCCGCCAAGGUGGACAAAAAGCGCAAGAGACAGGCCGAGGAAUCCAACUCCAAGACGGAGCAGCAGACCAAGUCGACUGGCAACAGUGCGUCGGAUGGACCGAAGAACAAAAAGAGAAAGGAUAGCAACAACAACAAGGGCAAGUUCGACAAGAAGAAGGGUGGAAAUAAGGGCAAGGACAACAGGGACAAGCCGAAGCAGCCCAAGGAGCCCCAGGAGACCAAAGCAACAGAGGUCAAAGGCAGCAUCGAUGAAGCGAUCGGAAAGAUGGACGGUCGAUUGUUGGCCGAUCACUUCGCCCAGAAGGUUCGCCGGCAUAACAAGGAGAUCACUGCUGUUGAGCUGAGUGAUCUGUCUGUACCUGACUCCGCUUUCCUCGAUACCUCGUCCUUCGAAUCUCCCCGCAACCUCGAAAACCUCCCCGCUUUCCUGAAAGCCUUCAGCCCCGAGAAGGGUGCGCACCUGGCUAAAUCGUCUGAGGAGAAGGGAACCCCCCAUACGCUGGUGAUCGCCGGUGCUGGUCUCCGCGCCGCCGAUGUCGUCCGGGCCCUCCGCUCAUUCCAGAACAAGGAAUCCAUCGUGGGCAAGUUGUUCGCUAAGCACAUUAAGCUGGAAGAAGCCAAGCAGUUCUUGGAGCGCGCACGUAUGGGCAUUGGUGCCGGUACCCCAGCCCGCAUCUCGGACUUGAUCGAUUCAGGGUCCCUCAAACUCGGUGAACUGGAGCGCAUUGUCAUCGACGGCUCUUACGUUGACCAGAAGCAGCGCGGCAUCUUCGAUAUGAAGGAGACGCAUCUCCCCUUGCUGCAGCUGCUCACGCGGCCUGAGUUCAAGGAUCGUUACGGUGCAAAAGUCAAGGGAAUCAAAAUCAUGGUAUUUUAG